AUGGCGGGUGACUUCUUCUUCCUUCUGCUGAUGGUGUUCCUUGCCGUUCCACUAGCCGGGGCCAGAGGCAGGCGGCCUGGCCGGGAGGGAAGCAGAGUGUCCCGCAGACAGGCACCGACCAUACAGCCGCUACUCAUCACAGGGGACACGCCGCCUUUCUCAGCAGGAACAGACAAUGUGACAGGACCUCCAACGAGAACUGAAUUCCCGUACGCGUCAACAGCUUCAAACAAAAUAAAGUACAGGGUUGUGCUAGUGGAGAAUAAGCCUUUCAUCAUCAAGACCCGCUCGGAGAACAACAAGACGGUUUAUGACGGGUUCUGUAUGGACAUCCUGAAGGGUCUGGCGGAGGAGCUCAGGUUUGACUACACGCUGUACGAGGUGCCUGACGGGAACUUCGGCCUGCCCACCAGGAACGGGUCCUGGGACGGCAUGAUCAGGGAGGUCAUAGACGGGCGAGCAGACUUCACCCUGGGCCCGCUGACCAUCAGCUCCCAGCGGGAGGCGGCUGUUGACUUUACAAAGCCCUACAUGGAUUAUGGAAACGGGCUUGUUAUGAAGAAGCCGGCCGCCGAGAGACCCAACCUGUUCGCCUUCCUCCUGCCCUUCCAGAUAACGGUGUGGAUGUCCAUCAUUGCGGCCCUCUUUGCAGUUGGUUUCCUCCUGUGGGCUACCAGUAGGAUCCGGUACACACUCGGAGUUGGGGACCUGGAAAAUGACAACGACAACAAUUUCACCCUCAAGAACAGCCUGUGGUUCUCCUACUGGUCCAUCGUAAGAAAAGGUGGCGAGCCGGCCCCUCGCGCCAUCCACACUAGACUACUCGGCGGUUUCUGGUGGCUGUUCUCCCUUAUUGUCAUGGCAACGUACACGGCUAACCUCACGGCCUUCCUGACAGUAAAGCGCCUGGAAACCCCCAUACGGUCCCUCGAGGAUCUGGUCCACCAAUCCACUGUGGAGUUCGGCACCGUCAGAGGCAACUUUCUCUACAACUUCUUCCGGGAGCAGAAAGGUAGCGAGAACGUGUUUGACCGGAUCUGGUACGCGCUGGAGACCCAGCCGGACAUGCUGGUGGACAACCAGACGGAGGGCGUGGAGAGAACGCGGCGCGGGAACUACGCAUACAUCGGGGAGUACCCUGCCCUGGAGUACGAAGUGCGCCAUGACGAAGGUUGUCAGCUGAUGAUGGUAGGAAACCCCUUCAUGACACGUGGUUACGGCAUCGCCACCAAGCGGGGCAGCUCGCUCAGCAAGACUCUGUCAGUCGGACCGCCGAAGACCGGCGCUGAGGGACUCGGCCUGGACACGUUCUUUGGAGUUUUCGUCGUGCUGAUAGCCGGAGCUGUGCUGGCGUGUUUGGUCUCCGUGCUGGAAAUACUCUACUACAAGUGCUGUAAAAGAAAGUCCAUGAUGACCGGAACGACCACAGAACUGGAGAAACUGAUGGUGGACACGGAGGCGGACAAACUGGCCAGAACGACACUGAAGUGUCUGGAGGAGGGAAGCCUCCAGCUGGUCAUCAGAAAGGCGGGAGAAAACCACCUGGUUGGAAACAGCGUGCCUGUUAGCAUCUCAAGGGAAAGCCUGCAUCUUAAAGAGAACGACAAAAUUGACUAA